AUGUCGGUGGCAAGCUUCGUUCACGUACUACGAAGAUUCUUCGCACGGCGAGGGAUGCCUAGAGUAAUAUACAGCGACAACGCACCCACCUUCAAAAGAUCUAACAAGGAACUUGCUGCAUUAUGGCGACGUAUACGAGACGAUGAAGUGCUGGACUGGCUUGGGACCAACAGCGUGAGCUGGAAGUUCAUUCCUACAAAUGCACCGUGGUGGGGUGGAUUUUAUGAACGAUUGAUAAGGUCUGUGAAACAGGCAUUGAGGAAAACCAUCGGCAGAAAAUCACUGACGUAUGAAGACCUGGUGUCAGUCGUAGCAGAGGUGGAAGCCGUCAUUAAUUCUCGACCGCUUUCUUACGUGUACGAUGACCCACAUGAGAUUCUUCCGCUAACACCAGCGGAGUUCAUCACAGGGAGACGCCUUACCAUAGUGCCUCCAGAGAUGACAACAGAGGAGACUGAACCCAUCCAUCGCACAUGGCAGAAACGUGCAACAUUGCUCCAAGCAGCAUGGCGAAGGUGGCAGAGGCAUUACCUUAUGGAGCUCCGCUCAGCCAACCAGUGCAAACAAAACAGGGGGAAGACUAUGUCGCCAGGCGACGUCGUGAUUUCCGAAGACAGAAAGCCAAGGAUGUUCUGGCCUCUGGUCCGCAUUCAAUCCGGACACAAGGGACAAGACGGGACGGUACGGUCAUAUACAGUGCGAACGUCUACUGGGCAUGUGACUAGACGCGCUAGCAGGUCGCUGUACCCACUUGAGAUACAACAGCAUGACGUUGCCGGUCCGCAGUCUGUUGCUAAUGCAACGGACAUAUGCAACAACACGACUGAGCGCAUGUCUCGCACAUCACAUCCUGACUAUCAUCCGUCGCGAGCGUUAUUCAUUCUGGAAAUAAACAUCGUCGUGCGACAGGCUAAAGUAGCUCACAGACUGUUUCCGCCCGGUCCAAAUUUCCUCGGGUACCAUCCCAUCUAG